AUUUUUGAUUCACAAAUUAGAUUAAUUUAUUAAGAAUUCUCGUGUUUCUGAUUUAUUUACACAUGUACAUUACUAUCACUUACGAUCACUUAUAACUACUAGAAAUAUUUAUUUUCUUCGUAUUUAUUUACUACUAAUUAUGUCCGAUUUAAAUAUCGCACCAAUAUUUCGAAUUUACUGCACUGAACUGUCAACUAACCUUCAGAGGCAAAGUGGCUCCUUAUAUACUCGGCUGAAUAGAGUUGGGCGAUACGGAUCGUAACUUAAUGAUUCGUAUUAUUCGUACUAAAAUUAAAUCGUAGAUAUGUACAAUUAUGCCGUGACAUACGUAUUGUAUAAAUGUAUAAUAUUCGAUAAAAAUUAGAUACAUGAUUUUUUGAGAAAACGCUCGGACCCAUCGAUUUUUAUUUUAAGUUGCGCAUUAUUUUACAUACAUUUUUGUAUAUAGGGUGGAACAAAAAAAAAGAUAUGACGUCAUCGAUAAUUUUUUUAAAUGAAAUGCUAUAUUUUUUACUGCAUUUAUGAAAUAUAGGCGAAAUUCCACGCAAGUUUUGUAUAACACACCUUAUCUCAAAACUCAACUGUUUCCGAAAUAUUUACAUUUAAAUAACAAGAAAACAAAUAAGUACGUCUAUUUACAAAUUAAGGUAAAAUCGAGGGUAAAAAUAAUGUUAUAAACACUGCACUAACGAAUGUCACUGUCAGUUCGAAAAUUAAUAGAUUUUAUAAGAAUAAAUUAUGGCUAAUUUAACGGAAACCCAAUUAAUUGAAAUUUGGAUGAUGCUAGGGUACGGGGAUCGAGUGCGCACGCAAAAAGAAGUAAGUGAACUGUUUAAUGCCAAAUAUCCAAACCAUCCUAUUUCUCAGUCAACAGUUAGUAAAAUAGAGCACAAAUUCAUAACUUCAGAUCAUGUUAGGGAUUUGCCAAGAUCAGGUCGUCCAAAAAUUUCUGAAGAAACUAAAUUAAACGUUCUGCUCUUCAUCGAAGAAAACCCAAACAAUGCAACUACACAAAUUUCAGUUGAUAAUAAUAUAGCUGGAACGUCAGUAAGAUGCAUCUUAAAAGCAAAUGAAUACCACCCUUAUAAAAUUAGACUAAUGCGGCCUAUAGAUGAUUAAUAUUAUUGCGCAAAAUAUUGCACAAUAAUAUUGCUAGUCGUUCCCAAACAGUGCAAUAUAUUUGUGCAAUAACUAUAUUCAAUAUAUGGCGCAAUAAUUAGUUUUGUUUUCCACUUUGUUGGUAAGAUAUGUAAGAAAAAUGAAUAAGAAAAAAGUAGCUGCUAUUGCCAUUGUUUUGGCAACAUGUUUGAAAAGGAAAAAAAAGACUAGAAGUAAAUGGAUGAAAGAAUGGCUUAAGAAAAGGAACCAGUAUAGUCAUGAAUGUCUAUUAAGGGAAUUAAAAGUUAGUGAACCUGCUGAUUUUAAAAACUUUCUACGAAUGAAUUAUACAACAUUUAGUGAAUUAUUAAAAAUGGUUACACCUGAAAUUGAAAAAAUGAAUACCACUAUGAGAGAUGCUAUUCCUGCUAGUCAGCGAGUGUCAAUCACACUACGAUAUUUAGCUACAGGCAACAGUUUUCAAGAUUUAAAAUUUACCAGUGCCAUAUCUCCACAAUCCAUAGGUGAAAUUGUUAUGGAAACUUGUGUCGCUAUAAUUUACAAGUUAAAGGAUUUUAUAAAGAUUCCAGAGACAGAAGAAGAAUGGAAGGCUGUUGCUAGAGGAUUUGAAAAUCAAUGGAAUUUUCCGAAUUGUUUGGGGGCAGUAGAUGGGAAACACGUGUUUAUUAAGCAACCACCCCACAGCGGUUCAUACUAUUAUAACUAUAAGAAAUUUUUUAGUAUCGUGUUGUUGGCCGUUGUUAAUUCAAAUUAUGAAUUUUUAAUGGUCGAUGCUGGAAUUAAUGGACGAAUAUCUGAUGGAGGUGUUUUGAGUGCCACUGCAUUUAGCAGAGCCUUAUCGGAUAACAAACUUAAAAUUCCAGAACCUACUGUAUUAGAAAAUAGUGAUAAAACACUGCCCUUUGUUUUCAAAGGUAAUAAUGCUUUCGCAUUAACAAAAAAUUUUAUGAAACCUUAUGCACAAACUGGAUUAACUGCAGAACAACGGAUAUUUAAUUACCGCCUAAGUCGUGCUCGAUGUAUUGUAGAGAACACUUUUGGCAUUUUAGUUUCUGUAUUUGGCGUGUUUCAACGACCUAAUGCGCUAAGCCCUGAAAAAGCUCGGAUAAUUACUUUAGCGUGUUGCUAUUUACAUAAUUAUUUAAGAAGGAAACAAUCGAAUACAUACAUUGAUAAAACUACCUUCGAUAUUGAAGAUCAGGAGUCGGGUAAAAUUAUUCAAGGCGCAUGGAGAGUCACUGCACCAACAACAUUAUUGCAGACAUCCCAUUGCCACAAUGUGGGUUCCACUACGUCAUUGUUAGUUAGUAGUGAAUUUAGUUUACUGAUUAAUUGUUUUUUAUCAGCUUCUGGGUAUUUCUCUUUAUAUUUCUGCAACAAUUCAUCAUAUUGUUCAUUUUUCUUAAUCCUGUUGCUGUACUCUUUGCUUUUUGUAUGCCACAAAGCUGGCAAAGAGUGGUAAACCUCGAUGAGUUCUAAAAUAAACGUUCUUCCUUCUUCUUUUGCUUUUGAGCCCAUCGUUGUGUACAGACCAGCACGAAAGAAAAUUUAAACUGAAAUAUUGUAAUAUUGUGCAAUAUUAUCCACAAACGACAUAAUAAAUCUCUAUUGCACAAUAAAAAUCAAACGGAUGAAGCAACUUUUUGUUUAAACGGUGUCGUAAAUCGGCAAAAUUGUCAAUUCUGGUCAGUGUCAAAUCCACACUGGGCAACUGAGGCUCAUACACAGUACCGUAAAUCUAUUAAUGUUUGGGCUAGUAUCGUGGAAAAUAAAGUAAUAGGGCCAUACUUUUUCGAAGAAAACCUAACAGGACAACGCUAUUUGAUUUUUCUUCAAGAAGAUCUUAUCCCUGCUUUGGCUGCCCUAUACCCAGACGAACAAGACCUUGCUGUCCCGACAGAUAAUUUGUGGUUUCAGCAAGAUGGCGCACCGCCACAUUUCUUUCGAGAUAUCCGUAAUUACUCGGAUACAGUGUUCCCAGGAAGGUGGAUAUGACGAAGAGGGCCAAUAAAGUGGCCAGCCAGGUCACCAGACCUAAAUCCCUGCGACUGUUUUCUAUGGGGGUACCUAAAAAGUAAAGUUUAUAUUGAGAACCCAAACAACGUAGAAGAUUUGAAAAAUAGAAUUAGAUAUGAAAUUAGAUGUAUAUCACCCGAAAUAAUUGAUAGUGUUUUACAUGAGUUUGUAAACUGUCUUGCUUUCU